AUGCUCGCCCAGAGUGCGCUGGUCGGAGGGUGGAACGACGGUUUCAACUCAGGCUACUUGAGUGCGCUGCCAAAGACGUUUCAAGAUCACAAGAGAGGCUCGUCGGGCUCGUCGGUGACAUCGCUGGGGCCCCCGUCGCCUCUCACCCACCCCAACAACAUAUAUCCACACAUUGUCGCCACCAGCGACUCGACUUUUCCCGCUUCCUACGACUUCGACUUCUCCCAGCCUCCCCACACAGCCAAGUCGGAUUCCGCCAUGAUCUACCCGCAGAACUUCAGCGCAGUCGACAUGAGGAGGAUACAGUCACAAGGCGCCGACGAGCGUGCGUCAUUCAACAACCUGUCGGCGCCUCAAUCGGUGUCGACAAUGAGUCAUAACUCUCCUGCGACGCCGCAUACAAGUUAUGAGCCCGAGUACGACGAGAAACAUGUCUAUGGUGAGGAUCCUAGCGACGCAGACGAGAUGUUCGACUACUUACAGUUCGAAGCAGCGUUCCCGACGUCCGCAUACCAGCAGUCGUUACAAGAUGUCUUCCCUGACCAACAUUUCCCCAUGUCCUACACACAGCCGCAGCAGAACAUGCAGCGGAUGAAUCUACAACCUCACCGACAGAAUAUGAUGGCGGAUCGAUUGCAAGCGGCGACGCAAGAUCAUCUCAGGACGAACUCUCCGACGUCCGAUCCUCGCGACAAGUCUCCAUUCCGUCAGAACUCACCCUACAGCAUGCCUGCGCCGCCCCAUCGGCCACGACAACGGCCGGCCCUGAAGAACGAGCGAACGUCGAUAUCUCCCAAAGAAUUGAUGUUGGAUGAGCAUGACGUUGACGAUCACGCUGCGCCUCUGUUUGGCGCAGAUCAGUCCAACUCUACAACUUUUGGCGACGCCAGAAACAUGGCGAAUAUGGCGAGCUUCUACACGCAGAUGGCCCAUGAUACUUCCAUACCCGUGCCUCAACAAUAUCCCUUUGCUCUCAAUCCACCGAGCCGGCCGGGUACGGCCAUGCAGGAUGUCGCGCCAGAAUUCCCGGCACAUAUGCUCUCGAUGGAGUCGACCAACGAGGAAGGGCCAUCAGAGCCUUCUAGCCAACAGUCACAGAAGCCUGCGGUACAGCAACAGCCACGGUCUGCGCCUCAGCAGCAGCAGACAGUGCAGCGCCCGACGGACACGUCAUCGGAUGCGGGAACUUAUUCUUGCACGUACCAUGGCUGCCAUUUACGGUUUGACACGCCUGCGAAGCUCCAGAAACACAAACGAGACGGUCACCGGCAGACUUCCCCCGGAACGUCAUCGUCACCCAACCUGGCCUUGCGGAACUCUCAAGCGGGGCCACAUCGAUGCGAUCGGAUCAAUCCUAGCACGGGCAAGCCUUGCAACUCGAUCUUUUCAAGACCUUACGAUUUGACCCGACAUGAAGACACGAUCCACAAUGCGCGGAAGCAAAAGGUCCGGUGCCAUCUGUGUACGGAAGAAAAGACCUUCUCGCGUAACGAUGCGCUUACCAGGCACAUGCGCGUUGUUCAUCCUGAUGUGGACUGGGUGGGCAAGCAAAAGCGCAAGAGUCAGAAGUGA